UAUAACUGUUUCAUGUGGUAGACCCAUUUCAAUGGAUUGUAGACUUAUAUCUUGAAAAAAUGAGUCACAUUUAUAUAUAAAACACGUCAAGCGAUCAUGAAGAUCAAAUGGCUAAAUUAUGUGUGGUUCAUGACGUCUAAAUAUAUCAGAAAGUAAACAAACCAAUUCUUUUCGCCCGCAGAGUUAAUAAUUUAUGAGUCGUCGAGACCUGUUUGCCCCUUGUUAAGUCGGCUUCGUUAAGUAGGUCACAUAGCGUGGUGUAAAAAUGAUGGAACUAUCAGAUAUGGGGGAAAGGGUAUUUGCUGCAGAAUACAUCGUCAAACGACGAAUUCGUAAGGGCAAGGUGGAAUAUCUCGUCAAAUGGAAAGGCUGGAGUCUGAAGCACUGCACUUGGGAGCCAGCGGGAAACAUCCUUGAUCGCAGACUGAUCGAAAAUUUUCAACGAAGUCAAAACACGCGAGAAUAUACAGGAAAGAAACGGGGGCGUAAACCGAAGCACAGACCAGAGGAAGAUGGCAACUCCGGUGAGGACAGCAGCAGUGACGUCAGUGAUGACGACAGCACCAGUAAAACCACCAGUGACAGCGGACAGAGGGACGAAGGGGGUGACAUAAGCAGACACGGCCAAGUCACCGAGGAUAAAACUAAUAAUACCGGUGAGCCAAGUAAUGAGCGAACCAGCGUUCCUACGUCCGCGGAUUCUGCCGUUGUCUGCAGCGGAGGGAACCGAGUUUUCGCCAGUAAAGUCUCAGCGGCCAGUAUUAUGAAGAGAUUCAGCGGCGCUAGUUCUGACGCUGGCACUAUGGAACCGCCACCUAUGCUUAUAGUCAAACGCAAACCAGGUCGGCCCCCUAAAAUACCUCGACCGGAGGAUAUACUUGCCAGGCAAAUGGCACAGCAAAAGAAACGACAAGCGAAAAAUGCAGGAAAGCUCAAAAUUAAGUUUAAAAUGCUCAACAAAAGAAAAGCAGACGUGCAGCGAGCACCGAAGACGGUCGCCAAGCCAACCAAACCACCAAUGCCAGGAGAGCCGCCGGUUAAGCGAAAAAGAGGACGCCCACCCAAAAAUCGCGACCAACAACCAGUUUCACAGCCUACGACGCCAGUAGUGAAAAGGGGCCCGGGUCGGCCUCGGACAAAGUCACUUGACCCAGCAGCUUUAAGAAAAAAGACUUUGGCGACAAUCAGAAAGGAGAAACCUGCCAAAUCCUCUAGUUUGCCAAAUCCGAUUAAAUCGCCCACUUCAACAGUGACCAACAGUGUAACUUCUCUCGUACACAAACCGAACACAAGUUUUAAACAAGACACCAGCCCUGUAAGAACAAAAUCAGAGACCAUAUUACAUUCUCCGUCAGUGCUCGAAGAAGGCGCCCCUCAACACAACAGAAACAACGAAUCGAACUGCCUGUCAAGUCCAACUGCUACUUUCCCGGUCGAUGAGGUGUUUGUCUCUGUAGAAAAUACAGCUAAUAACGACAUCCCCAGCGACACACAGCUCGUGCAGGGCUACGCGGUCAGACGAGGUCGCAUCGACUCCGCGCCGCCGUACAUCCCCGAAGAGCGGAACUACUGGCGUCCGCCGCCCGAGAUGAAGAAAAUCCUGGACGACAUGCUUAUAACUGACGUCACGACGAAUACUGUGACAGUCACAAUACGAGAGUGCACGUCGGAUAGUGGCUUCUUUAAACCGAGAGCAGAGAACGCGCCCGGCACCCUUAAUGGUCCAGCACAGUGAUGGCCUAUCCCACCGUUGAUAUGCCUGUGGCUGUGGAACAAAAAUGUUGUGUCUCACAGGGA